GAGAGGGGGAUGCUGGAUUUGGCCUCAGCUUUCAUGCUGGCAGGAUCAAAGAGAGGAGAUGGAAAGUCAGUUUUUUCCCCCUGAAAACUCACUGAUGGUGAUGAAAACAUGGAAAUUCUCCUUCUUACUUCAACCCCAAAUUACUGAGGAUUUUCAUUCCACGCUUUGGAAUGUGCUAAUAGGUUUUUUUCCCCAGGCUGAAUUCAUUCAUUAUCCCUUUUCCUGUCCCCUGAGGAGAAAGCCAGGCAUCCCCUGUGCUGUGUGACUGGAGGCUGAGGAUGGGACUAAAAUCCUCUCCCUUUUGGGGUUUUCCACUCUUCCCUGGCUUGCUGCCACGUGUUUCCUGGGGCUGUGUGCUGUGGGAUGUUUUGGGGCCCUGUGAUGCUGCAGGGGCAGCUGGGGUCACUUUACUGUGUCCCAUCAGUCUGGGGGAGCUGAACUCAGACCCUGAGCCUUUCACCCACCCCCUGGGUGCCCUGGAUGGAAAUCCAGCUCCUCAAGGGUUCCUUUCUGCUGCUGGGCUCCCUGCCUGGGCACAUCAGACUCCCCCAGCCUGCCUCACAUUCCCCAGACAGAAUAGCUGGGAUUCCUGCAUUCCCUGCCCCAAAGUGACCCCGGCUGGACACUGAGCUGCAAUGACAUCUGCAGGGACAGGAUGGGUCCCCCACCACAGCAAGGAGCCCCACAGAGCCUAGGACAGGCUCUGUUAUGGUCCUGAGGUGUGAACACAUCCCUGGUAGAUUUGUUUGGGUUUUGCAGAGGUACCUGGGUGCUGUGGCAGCUCUGCAAGGCCUGGCCUGGGGAGGGAGUGUCCCACAUUCCCAGAGGUGCCCACUCUUUCCUUAAAGCCCCAAUUCCCGGAGCCACUCCAUCCCUGCGGGAGCUUUUCCCAAACUCCUCGCUGCUGUGGGCAAUGGGGGAAGGAAUUUGGGAAGGAGCACAGAGCAGGGAAAGCCCAAAGGUGGGUGUGAAAAUGAACCCUCCUCACCUUGAGGUCACCCUGAAGAUGCACCUUGUGGCCACCUCAGCUGUGGUGGAGGUGGGUGUAGGGGUUUUGGGAAGGGGGAAAAUCCCCCUUGUGUGGUUGGGAGCAGCUGAGGAGCUGCUCUCUAACUCAUUCCUGCCCUGGAGCCAGGACCUUUGGGGGGAAACCCACCCCUGGCAUGGCUGGGGAGGAGCAGGGCUGUGAGAGAGCAGCGGGUGCCGAAGGGUUAACAGGGAGUGUUUGCAGCCAGUCCCUGGUCACCAAGGAGAAGCGAUCUGCACUUGGGAAGGAAACAAAACACCCAGCAGGGCGAUUCCUCUCCCCAGCACCACUGCAGGGCUCUGGCACCACCAGGACACUGCCACCACCCCGGGUGGCAGGGAGCAAGAGGCACCAGUCUUAUGGCAGAAUGUGGGGCACCCCGGGCACGGGGACACGCAGCAUCCGUCCCUACCAGUCCAGCGGGCAGUACCUGUACGCCAUGAAGGAGGACCUGGCAGAGUGGCUGAAGGAGCUCCAUGGCCUUGACAUCGAGGUGGGCACCUUCCUGGAGGUGCUGGAGACAGGGGCUGUGCUCUGCUGCCACGCCAACCACGUCACCCAGGUGGCAGGGGAGUUUGCCCAGGUGUGCCCCGAGGUGGCCAAGCACCUCCACCUGCCCUCUGCCGGUGUCACCUGCAACCUCACAGCACAGCCUGGCACCUUCCAGGCCAGGGACAACGUCUCCAACUUCAUCCAGUGGUGCAGGAAGGAGAUGGGGAUCAAAGACGUGCUGAUGUUCGAGACAGAGGACCUGGUGCUGAGGAAGAACGAGAAGAACUUUGUGCUGUGCCUGCUGGAGCUGGCCCGCCACGCCUCGCGCUUCGGGGUGCGCGCCCCGACCCUGGUGCAGAUGGAGGAGGAGAUCGAGGAGGAGCUCCGGCAGGAGAUGGAACUGCCAACCCCAGAGCCCAGCCUGCCACGGGCACCCAGGAGGGCACCACGGGACCUCCAGAACCUCGACCAGAUGGUGCAGCACCUGGUGAGCCGCUGUACCUGCCCUGUGCAGUUCCCCAUGAUCAAGAUCUCCGAAGGGAAAUACCGCGUGGGGGACUCUGACAGCCUCAUCUUUGUGCGGAUCCUGCGGGAACACGUCAUGGUGCGGGUCGGGGGCGGCUGGGACACGCUGGAGCAUUACCUGGACAAGCACGACCCGUGUCGCUGCACCUCGCUCUCUCACAAACAAGGCCGGAAGGGCCGGAGCCCGCAGCAGCAGGUGCAGCACGAGGUGCGGCUGUGCCCGGCCGCCCGCAGCCCCCAGCCCGCCCUGCUGCUCAUCGGCCGCUCCCAGAGCCCCCUGCCCCCCGUGCCCUGGGGGUGCCGCGUCCCCCCUGGCACCCCGUCCCAGGAGCGCCGGGGUCGCCAGACGGGGGCCAGCCCUCAAACGGAGCCGGCACAGCCCCGGAGGGUCCCCUCGGGCAGGAUGCGGGAGCCACCCGCUGUCCCCUUGGGGAGGCAGCCGCCACCAUCCCGCUCACCGGCCCGAUCCGGCUCCCCUGGGCUCGGGGCUCGGGGCCGGGCACCCACCCCGUCCCGGCUGAGCGCCCCGAACGGCGCGGGGGUGCCCAGGGCAUGGCAAGGGACCUGCCCGGGGACAUCAUCCAGCCCGGGGACAUCAUCCACUCCUGUGGCACCGGCACGGGGCAGGCCCGCAGCUCCCAGCCCACGGACGGCACCGGCAGCUCCGAGGAGCGCCCAGCAAGGAGGAAAAUCAUCUGUGCCGGCUGCCAGGCCGCAGGAAACGGCGACAGCCACAGCCCGAGCCCCCAGUCCCCUCAAGGUCCGUGCCCCCAGUCCCCUCAAGGUCCGUGCCCCCAGUCCCCUCAAGGUCUGCGCCUCCUCCUCGCUCCGGGAUGCUCCAGGAGACCCCCGGAGCCUGAAGAGCCCACAGGAAGGGAGGCAGGGAGCCCUGGGCCGGGGCCGACAGCCUUCACCCCGGAAUUGCUCCAGCCAAGCCCCGAAAUUGGACAGCAGCGUUAAACCCCCCCUCAAAGCCAGCCCGGCCCCCCGGCCCCCCACCCCUCAGGGCCGUUCUGCAGGGGCCUGCAGGGUCUGCGAUGCUGGGGACAGUCCCCAGGGGACAGGACAGAGCCACCCAGCCCCGAGCACAAGGACUGCGGGCACCCAGGGACCUCGGGGGGCACAGGAUGGAGCCGGGGCAGCCUGUGGUGAAGGCCCCGAGGGGUUCCGGGGGUGCUGUGGGCACACGCAGCCCCCCGGCUAUGCCAGCGUGCUGGAGGAGCUGGCCCGCGGCCCGCAGCCCCUGCGGCCUGUGGGGAUGUGGGGACAGGGCCCCAGAGCACCCUCAGGAGCUGCCCCGGAGCUCCCGGCCCCGGGGGAGGCAGAGCGGCCGGGGAUGGGGGGCCAGACCCCCCGGGCCAGCACGGCCGCCAAGCCCCGGCGCUGCCUGAAGAAGCCCGAGCGGGUGCCCUCCAUCUACAAGCUGAAGCUGCGGCCCAAGGUGCGGCCCCGGCGGGACCACAGGCCGGGCAAGCGCCCCUCGCGCAUCCCCACCCCGCUGGGGCAUCGGCCCCGGGGCCAGCGGCGCCCCCCGGGCGCCCCCCGAGCCCCCCAGGGCGGCAGCGCCCGCCCCGAGCCCUCCCCGGGGGACAGCGGCGCUUGGCCGAGCGAGGAUGAGGAGGAGGAGUCGUGGGUCUGA